AUCACUAGAUAUGAAGUCUAUUGGAACAUCGCUAGCGAGAGCUGCGUUAAGAAAAUUAAAAAUCGAUUUAGCGAAAAUCAGUCAACCUCGACUUAUUUCAAGCAUGGCAUCCAAAGAUCGAGAGGAUGCGUUUUCAAAUCCAGACGUACAACAAAUGCUAUUGAAUUUGCAUCACUCCAUGGUCAAAACCCUGAUAGACUCAGAAACCAAGGAACUACCCGUCUGUAACUUUAAGCAACCGGAGGAACUACUUAAAGCACUUGAUCUUGAAAUCGGAAAAGAGCCCGCUAGCAAUGACACUAUACUGGAUGCAUGCAAGAGUGUUAUGGAUUAUAGUAUUAAAACAGCUAGUCCACGUUUUAUGAACCAGCUAUAUAGUGGAAUAAACCCGAGCUGCCUAGCAGGAUCAUGGGUGACAGAGGUGUUGAAUACCAAUCUACAUACAUAUGAAGUUGCACCUGUCUUCGUUAUGAUGGAGAAGUAUAUGAUGCGAAAACUUUCAAAACUGGUUGGAUAUGACAACGGCGAUGGAGUACUAUGUCCAGGUGGAUCGUUUGCAAAUAUGCUUGGAAUGCAUUUAGCAAGAGUUCAGAUAGAUCCUGACAUCAAAUCCAAAGGGAUGGGGAAUAACAAAAAAAUGGUUUUGUUUGCGUCAUCGGAGGCGCAUUAUUCUAUUGCAAAAGGGGCUAGCUUUCUCGGAUUUGGAGAAAGUAAUGUCGUGAGAGUAGAAACUGACAAAAUAGGAAUGAUGAAACCGGAUGUUUUGGACCAGAAAAUACAAGAAUGUAUUCAACAGGGAAAUAUACCAGCUUUUGUAAUGGCAACGACGGGAUCAACUGUAUUAGGAUCAUGUGAUGAUCUGAAUGCUGUAGCUGAUGUGUGUGAAAAACAUGGCGUCUGGAUGCACGUCGAUGCUGCAUGGGGCGGAGGUGUAAUUUUAUCAGAGAAAUACAAACAUCUUAUGAAUGGAGUCCACAGAUCAAACUCUGUGGCAUGGAACAUUCACAAAAUGAGUACUGGUCUCGUCCAAUGUUCAAUCUUUUUAACGAAGUCAAGCGGUAUGAUGGAAGAAUGCAACAGGUUCAACGCCGAGUACUUGUUCCAGCCAGACAAGCACUACGACGUCUCCUAUGAUAUUGGGGAUAAAACAGUGCAAUGCGGACGUAAAGUGGACAUCCUAAAGCUUUGGACGUUGUGGAAGUCACGUGGGGACAAUGGGAUGGCAAAACAAACAGACAACGCCUUUGAAAACGCAAAGUAUCUCGUGGAUCAAAUAAAGAAAAGAGAAGGAUUCCGUUUAGUUCUCCCAGAGUUUCAGUGUCCAAACAUUUGUUUUUGGUACAUACCCUCAAGACUCCGUAAUAAGGAAGAAAAUGCAGAUUGGUGGAAGGAAGUUUCAAAGAUUGCUCCUCAAAUUAAAAGAAAAAUAAUGGAAGACGGAUCAAUGAUGAUUGGAUAUAAUCCUCUUACAACAAAAGGAUACGUCAAUUUCUUUCGUGUAAUUAUCACGAAUCCGAUGACUACCCCACAAGACAUGGAUUUCAUUCUGGACGAAAUGGAUCGCAUUGGUCAUGCACUGUAACGCGUGCUGUUUAAAGCAUGUGCCAUUUAUAACAGUUGUUAAAUAAAAAUUCAUACUGACUUUUUCUAAUGAAAUAAAAAUCAAAGUACUGAA